AUGGAAAAUAUACGAGUACUGGUGCGAGUCCGUCCAUUUUUGCCAGAUGAAGAAGAACAACCAUAUUUAACAGUUAGAGGGCACCAAAUUAGUGUUGGAGAUGAACGUCAGUUUGCAUUUGAUAAUAUAUUUGACAUGGAAGCAAGUAAUAAAACAGUGAAUGAAGCUAUUGUAGGACCACUUGUGGAUGCAUUUGUGAAGGGUUAUACCGUUUCCACUAUAGCAUAUGGACAAACAGGUGCAGGUAAAACACAUACAAUGUCUAGCCUCUCAUCAGAUGUUGUUCGACGUGUGUAUGAACUUUUGAAAGUUAAUCCCAUUACUACCAAUUCAACCGUAACUGUAGAUUCUGGAACUAUUAAUUCUACUACCAAUAUUAAUGAUGGUGAUAAUACUGAUCCUCCCCUAUUUAACCGGAAACCUGAGUUUCGUUUCUCUGCUGUUGAAGUGUACAAUGAACACGUUAGCGAUCUUAUAGCUUCAAUGACAGCAGCUUCACAACCUUCAGUUUCGCUUGCAAGUGCCUCUUUGGGUCCAUCGUUGCCGUUGCGUGAGGGUGCGCGUUGUGGGGUGUAUAUUCAGGGACUUUCUGAGGUGACUGUGGACAGUGAGGAGGAGUUGUUAGCAUGGUUUGAAAGAUCAACUGCUAAUCGUCGCACAGCUUCCACAUUGAUGAAUAUAACGAGUUCCCGUUCCCAUUGCCUUCUCACUGUAACUCUUACCCACAACGGAACAGUGUCGAGGUUUGGACUGGUAGACCUUGCGGGGAGUGAACGUAUUAAAAAAGCAUAUGGUAGACGAUUUUCAACAGGAGGCAUAGAUGGAACAGAUGAUGAACGUGCAGCAGCACGUAGUAUAGAAAUUGCAUCAAGAAUGCGUGAAGGUAUUAGUAUUAAUAGUGGUCUUCUCGCACUUGGAAAUGUUAUUGUUGCCCUUUGCGAAAGGAAAUCACAUGUACCAUAUCGAACCUCCAAGUUAACACGGUUAUUACAACCAAUGUUGAGUGGUAACUCUAAAACGACUAUGAUUGCCUGUGUUUCACCAUGUGUUUCAUCAUUUGAAGAAACACUUAAUACAUUAAAAUAUGCUGAUCGUGCUAAAUCUAUCCGUACUACUCCAUUUCAAGUAGCAACUAGCUGUACAACAUUAGAAGAUGCAGAGAAAACCAUAUUGUGGCUUCGAAAACAGCUAGAAGAUGCACAUGAACAGCUUCGGGAUCACCAAUCAUUGUCAUCUUAUGCUUUUCAAGAAAAAGAAAAAACUCGAUUGGAAGAGGUUGAAGAAUUACUUGCACGUGAACGUAGUUUGACUACCCGACUUCAAGAAGAUCUCUUUAACGCUGAGUACACUGCGAUGGUAGAAGUAGAAAAGCGUAAAUCUCUGGAAAAACGUCUACAGGAACUUGAGGCGGGAUACCAGACGAAUAUGGACGUAGUAGAAUCAGAUGUCGCAAAACAGGUAGAGGAUAUUACAUUUUUAGAUGAAGGUAAUUCUGAAGUGAAACGAUCGCUUCUGGAUCAAUUAGAGGCUGAACGGGAUGAACUAAAGGCUUUGAAAGAGGAAAAAGAAGCUGAUACGGCUCGACUAGCAAGACUUGGUGAAACAGUGUCUUCAUUAGACCAUGAAGUGGAUGACUCUAUACAAGAAAAACUCUCUCGAGAAAUUGAGUCGAAGGAGCGUUUAAUCCAUCAGUUAGUCCAACAAAACGAAGAGGCGGCACAGGCAUUAGAACACUCUAAGAAACGACAAGAUGAAAUGAUGAGCGUCAAACGCCGAUUAGAGGAGGAGUUGGCCCGUGCCGAAGCUAAAUUAGAGACAACUGAAAUGGAACGAUAUGGUAAAGAAAAAGAACGACGUAAAUUACAGGCGCAUUACCAACAACGACUACGCAAAGCGGAGGAGGAAGUUGCAGAGUAUAGAAGGAAAGUUCAGGAGGCCACAAGUCUUGUUAAUGCACGUGAGGCAAAUGCUGAAAUGAUUAAGCAACUACAGGCGCAUGUAUUAGAAAUGAAUGAUGAACUCAAUAGACAGCGCUUCACUGUACGAGAGGGACAGCAACGAGUUCAAAAAAUGACGCUCUCUCACGCGCAAGAAGUGAGUCAAUUACAAAAACAAAUGCGGGAAUCAGAAGCACAAGUAGCACGACUGCAGGUACAGUUGCAGAAGAAGGAACGUGAAAUUGCACGGGUUAAAAAUAGUGUAACAGCUGUAAACAAUCGUCGUCAGACAGUAUCCCAUCAUACUGUUAUACCCAAAAAUGAUCAUUCAAAUGGACGAGCAGAUGAUAUACAGAAGGAUAUUAAUGUAGAGUUAAUGGCACUUGCAAAUCUUGAAAAGGAGAUUGAUGAACUAACAGAAGAUCGUGAUGAGUUAAGGAAAGCAUUGUCGCAGGCAAAGAAACAUACAGGAGGUAUGCCUAAUUGGAAAAAAGCAUUAAAAGGAUUUACUCUGCGCCUACAGUAUGUAGAGGAUGCUUUGCAGUCAGGUAAUCUUAACGAGGGACAGGAGUCACAAUACCGUAACGAAAAAUCUGAUAUUCAAAAAAAAAUUUCCCAAUUGAAGUCUCUAGAACCUGUAUUCGCACAAGCAUCUAAACAGCUGGAGGAAUUGGAUGACAACAUUGACACUCUUCAGGAGGCACGUAAGUAUCAUUUGCGACGGGUGCGUCGUCUUCAAAAUGAAGUGUCAACAUCUGUAGAGGGGACUGUUAGAGCGUCAGACCUACUACGGCGCGGAGUAGGAAACAACACCGCCCCAGUGAAGCAACGUGGAUGA